AUGUCGGACAACAAGGUAUACCGUGCGAGCACAUUUGCUCCUGUCAACAUCGCCGUAAUCAAGUACUGGGGCAAGCGCGAUGCCAAACUCAACCUUCCUACCAACAGCUCGCUGUCCGUAACGUUGUCGCAAGACGACCUUCGCACCCACACAACUGCCUCAUGCAGCAGCCAAUACUCCAAGGACUCCCUCACACUCAAUGGCUCCGACCAGGACAUCUCGGGCGCCCGCACACAGGCCUGUUUGGCCGAGCUCCGUACUCUGCGUCGUGAAGUCGAAGAGUCGGAUUCGUCUGCCCCCAAGCUCUCUUCGCUGCCUCUCAAGAUUGUCUCGCGCAACAACUUCCCCACUGCUGCCGGUCUGGCUUCGUCCGCCGCUGGCUUCGCUGCCUUUGUUCGCGCCAUUGCCAACCUCUACGAGUUGAAGUCAACACCCACAGAAUUGAGCCGUAUCGCAAGACAAGGUUCUGGCUCAGCGUGCCGCAGUCUUUUCGGAGGUUACGUUGCAUGGCAGAUGGGCGAGAAGAAGGAUGGAAGUGACAGUGUUGCUGUUGAGGUUGCCCCUGCAGAGCACUGGUCAGACAUGCGUGCUGUCAUUCUUGUUGCUUCCGCAGAGAAAAAGGACGUCAGCAGCACUUCUGGUAUGCAGCAAACUGUUGCUACCUCGACCCUCUUCAACGAGCGUAUCACCAACACCGUUCCCCGUCGCAUGCAAGAGAUGGAGAAGGCUGUUGCCGACAAGGACUUUGCUGCUUUCGCCAGUCUCACCAUGAAGGACAGCAACUCUUUCCACGCCACCUGCCUCGACACCGAACCCCCGAUCUUCUACAUGAACGACACUUCCCGCGCCGCCAUCCGUAUGGUCGACAUGAUCAACUCCGAGGCGGGCAAGACAAUCGCCGCAUACACCUUCGACGCCGGCCCGAACGCUGUCGUCUACUACCAGGCUCACGAUGAAGCCAAGGUCGCUGGUGUCUUUAAGUCCGUUCUGGGUGACAAGGAAGGCUGGGAGGGCGCUCGCGGCAAGUCUGUCGAGGCUGCCGGCACACCCAAGGAUUCACAAGUCGCUGCAGACCGUCUGAAGGAGGGUGUCAGCAGAGUCAUCCUUACCUCUGUUGGUCCCGGUCCCAUCAAGACCGAGGAGUCCCUGAUUGACGAGAACGGCAACACCAUCUAA